CUCUUCAUCUUCGGAGAGAUGUCAUGACCUUUCUUGAACCUGCCGGUCUGUUAAACGGUGCUGUCUGGUGUGUAGGACCCAGAUAAGAAGGGAAGCUCUCGGUGAGAACUGAAGAGCGAGAGAGAGAGAGAGAGAAUGAGAGAGAGAGAAUGAGAGAGAGAGAGAGACUCCUCCUCGUCUCCAGUGUCAAACUUGACAUCAGCCUCUGAGCCGAGAAUGGCAACUUGUGUCCGAACAGAAGCCCUCACAUGAGUGGCAUGCUUCAUGGAGUUAUGCUUUGCCCCCUGAACUGCUAUCAUGGAUUGCAAAAUAUUAAUUCUUUUUCUUUUUCUCUUCAUGUUUAUUUCCAGCGCAGAAUUCACUGUUCAUCCGUCCAAUGAAGUUAACCUGUUGGACUCCAAAGCAAGCCAAGGGGAGCUGGGCUGGAUAUCAUCCCCAUCCCAUGGGUGGGAGGAAAUUAGUGGGGUGGAUGAGCACUAUACACCCAUCCGGACCUUCCAGGUGUGCAACGUGAUGGAUUACAGCCAGAACAACUGGUUGAGGACCAAUUGGAUUCCUCGAAAUUCUGCCCAGAAGAUCUAUGUGGAGCUUAAGUUUACCCUGAGGGACUGCAACAGUAUUCCCAUGGUGCUGACCUGCAAAGAGACAUUCAACUUGCACUACCUGGAGACAGAUGAGGACCAGGGAAGUAAGUUUAGAGAGCACCAGUUCUCAAAAAUAGACACCAUUGCAGCGGACGAGAGCUUUACUCAGAUGGACCUGGGUGACCGUAUCCUAAAACUGAACACAGAGGUCCGUGAGGUGGGGCCCAUGACAAAGAAGGGCUUCUACCUGGCUUUCCAGGAUGUGGGAGCCUGUGUAGCCUUGGUUUCCGUUCGGGUGUACUUUAAAAAAUGCCCCUUCACAGUGAGGAACCUGGCUAUGUUUCCCGACACUGUACCUACGGACUCACAGUCCCUGGUGGAAGUUAGGGGCUCCUGCGUGAACAAUUCCAGAGAGGAGGAUCCGCCAAAAAUGUACUGCAGUACCGAAGGAGAGUGGCUGGUGCCCAUUGGGAAAUGCCUGUGCAACAUAGGUUAUGAGGAGCGAGGCGUUGCCUGCCAAGCCUGCCGGCCUGGCUUCUAUAAGGCUUCCUCUGGGAACGUCAAGUGCUCCAAGUGUCCCCCGCACAGCUACACGCACCAGGAAGGCUCAGUGCACUGUGGCUGUGAGAAGAACUACUUCCGUGCGGAAGAGGACCCCGCCUCAGUGGCCUGUACACGACCGCCAUCUGCCCCACGCAACGUGAUCUCUGUCAUUAAUGAGACGUCAGUGAUUCUGGACUGGAACUGGCCAGCUGACACCGGAGGCAGGAAAGACGUGACAUUUAACGUGGUGUGUAAGCGGUGCUGGCCUGGUCCCAGGCAGUGCGAGCCAUGCCGAGGGGCCGUGCGAUUUUUGCCCCGUGCAUCUGGCCUCACAAACACCACAGUAACCGUGGCGGACCUCCUGGCGCACACCAACUACACCUUUGAGAUUGAGGCACAAAACAGAGUGUCCUCCCAGGCGCCAGCGCUCCGCCAAUAUGCUGCAGUUACCAUUACUACCAACCAAGCAGCCCCAUCUUCAGUGACUGUAAUCAAGAAGGACAGAACGUCACGAAACAGCAUCUCGCUGUCUUGGUUGGAGCCAGAAAGACCCAAUGGCAUCAUUUUAGACUACGAGGUCAAGUACUAUGAGAAGCAGGAACAAGAGACCAGCUACACCAUCCUGAGAUCAAAGGGCACAAACGUAACACUGAACGGACUGAAACCCGACACCAUGUACCUGCUGCAGAUCAGAGCGCGCACCGCUGCAGGUUACGGCAGUAGCAGUCGCAAGUUUGAGUUUGAGACAAGCCCAGACUCCUUCUCCAUCUCCAGUGAGAACAGUCAAGUAGUGCUGAUCGCUAUAUCGUCCGCUGUGGCCAUCAUCCUCCUCACUGUAGUGCUUUACAUUGUGAUUAGCAGGUUUUGUAGGUACAGCAAGUCCAAACAUCCAGAUGAAAAGAGACUGCCCUUUGGCAAUGGCCACUUGAGGCUGCCUGGCAUCAAGACCUAUGUGGACCCUCACACAUAUGAAGACCCGAGUCAAGCCGUGCAUGAAUUUGCCAAGGAACUGGAGGCGUCUUGCAUUGCCAUUGACAAAGUAGUUGGAGCAGGGGAGUUUGGAGAGGUAUGCAGUGGCCGUUUGAAGCUACCGUCUAAGAAGGAGAUCUGCGUGGCCAUCAAGACGCUCAAAGCCGGAUACACAGAGAAACAGAGGCGGGACUUCCUCAGUGAAGCGAGCAUUAUGGGACAGUUUGACCACCCCAACAUCAUCAGACUGGAGGGUGUAGUUACCCGCAGUAAGCCUGUGAUGAUAGUGACCGAGUACAUGGAGAAUGGCUCCUUGGACAGCUUCCUGCGGAAACAUGAUGCACAGUUUACGGUGAUUCAGCUGGUAGGCAUGCUGCGUGGCAUCGCAUCUGGAAUGAAGUAUCUAUCGGACAUGGGUUACGUGCACAGAGACCUGGCCGCUCGGAACAUCCUGGUCAACAGCAACCUAGUGUGUAAAGUGUCAGACUUCGGCUUGUCCAGAGUGCUGGAGGAUGACCCAGAAGCUGCCUACACAACAAGAGGUGGUAAAAUUCCAAUCCGAUGGACUGCGCCAGAGGCCAUCGCCUAUCGCAAGUUCACCUCGGCCAGUGACGUAUGGAGUUAUGGGAUUGUGCUAUGGGAGGUCAUGUCUUAUGGAGAGAGACCUUAUUGGGAGAUGUCCAAUCAGGAUGUGAUUAAAGCAGUGGAUGAGGGCUACCGUCUCCCACCACCCAUGGAGUGUCCAGCCACCCUUUACCAGCUGAUGCUGGACUGCUGGCAGAAAGACCGAAACAAUCGGCCGAAGUUUGAGCACAUAGUCAGCAUCCUGGACAAGCUCAUUCGCAACCCUAGUACUCUGAAGAUCACGGCCAGCACUGCGUCUAGACCAGUGAACAUGCUUCUGGACAGGAACAGCAGUGACAUAACUUCCUUUCAUUCAAUGGGUGAUUGGCUGGAGAGUGCGAGGACGUUGCCUUGUAAAGAAGUGUUCAGUGGGGUCAGUUACAGCUUCUGUGAUACACUGGCCAAAACCUCAGCAGAAAUCUGUCUGACUGAAGUAAGGCCAGCAGCCACUUGUCCUGAGUGGGAGCCGUCUAUGGGAAUUACAACACUUUAAAGCUUAUUGACUGGAUGGGACUUCAAGAAAGUUGGAGUGAUGAUCGUUGGACCUCAGAAGAACAUUGUGAGCAGCCUAACACUUGAAACACACACAAAGACCGGUCCCGUUCCUGUGUAAAAUUUGAAAAGGACAAAUGGAGAGAGAUACUUAUAAGAGACUGAUGCUGCUUUGGCUUUAACAGACAGGAAAGAGAUAAUAAAUGAGAAGAAGUACUUGUUUUCAAACUACAAUGCUUGAAAACAUGUGCAGAGUAGAACAACCUUCCUGGAGAAUGAUCAUGUCUUCCCAGCGCUAUGGGCACAAGAUGCAAAGAUGAAGAGCGUGUUGCCCAGCUAUUGACAUAAUGCCUUAUUGCGGAGACACAAGAGAGGGGAAUGAGUGCAGACACUCCUGUCUACUCCUACUGGAUCUCCAUGCCACAUGGAUCUUGGAGACAGCAGAAAGGUGGAAGCCGGUCCAAUCCAAUUGAUUUAACUAUGAGCUCUUAACAUGUGGCAGGGGAGCAUUAAAAUGACUUCAGGAAAAAGAAAACUUUGCAAAAGCAUAAGUCUUCCUUUUGGAAGGUAGCACUUCAAAGAGGCAAUAGCUAUUGCUUUUUGGCUAUUUUGGGCCACUUGUAGAAAAGCUGCCUGCCCAUAAAUAAAAGCCCCCUUUAAUUCAAAUAUUCCUCAGAAGAACAGCAGGAUAAUUUAUUCAGUGAACAUAUAAUACUGCUGGCUACUGUUAGAGCAAUCUGCUAAUGCUUGUAUGGGUGACACAUAAGAAUAUACACUACCAGUCAUACAUUUUGACACAACUGACUGUAUAUAUGUAGGCCAUGAAGCAACCUCAUGAAGCUGGUUGAGAGAAUGCCCGGAGUGUGCAAAGCUAUUAUCUAGAGAAAGUAUAUACUGGUGCUUUCACGUCAUGUCCAAAUUACCAUAAUUACGAAAUUCUGACCUGUGAAAAAACAUUCACAUCUUCGUAGAACUCAUAAUUACAUGUUGUAUACUAGGAAUUCUAUGAAAUCUCCAACUAGAACCAAUAUGGCAGCAGCCUCAACAGUUAAAAGAAGUAAACACAUAGGGUCAGUCAUGCAGUAGAUGAAUUAUUGAAGUGAGCAUUGUUUUAUUACAGUAUUAACAACAAAGCUGUUUUACCAUUAUGAGUGUUGCAUUAGAAAACAAAUAACUUCCGAGGUCCGAGGAUGUGAACAACUCAGAGUAGAAUUUCCGAGUUGCCAUCUCGUAAUAACAGUAAUUCUGACAUGACGUGAACACCGCGUAAGAUACGAUUGUUUAACAUUGUUUGGUCACUACAUAAUUCCCUGACUUCCAUCUGUGUUAUUUGAUCAUGACUUUAUCAUUCUAAAAUGUGUUGAUGUGUCCAAACUUUUGAUUGGAAACGUAUAUUUGAUAAACCAUUAAUCUGCAAGUGCAGAGAGCCAUUCGCAAGAAUCAGGGGACAGGGUAGGAGGAGAUGGGUGAACUUGCCAUUCUUUAUUUUUAACUGUUAAUGUAGCCCAUGACAUAUUUUUGUUUGUAUCACUAUGCUCAAAUGUAAUAUAUAAAUUAAUUAUCAAAUAAAAUAAAAAACAAUAUGUAAUAUAAAAAACUGUUUACUAGAAUGAGUAGCAGUCAGUAAAUCAUAAUGAAUUGAAGACUUUUGUUUUUUAACAAAACCUCAGACAUUGCAGCAACAUCACAUGACAUUAUUCUGUGGAUAUGCUCAUCCACAAAAAUGGACAUGGACUAUGUUUGAAAUGGAAUACUAGCUUACUGAUUACUGUGCAGUAUACUGCCUAUAUAUGUGAUAUACUGUAUAUAUAGGAGAAACGAUAUAUAUAUAUAUAUAUAUAUAUAUAUAUAUAUAUACACACACAUAUACACACACACACAUACACACACAAUUUUUGUCACAUGACCUCAUUACGUUGUAUGUCUAUUUUAGCAAGUGUGUCCAAUUAUCAUCUAGGAAAAUAAGAAGUUUGAUAUAUGCAUGUAAUAACAUUAUGAUUUGUUGUAUGCUGCACAUUUGGCUGAUAAUAGUAGGUCAACCGGGUAUUCUGUGUAUACAGAAAAAUCACAAACUGUAUGCUGAAUACAUACUGUAUACUACAGAAAUAGUAGGAGUGGUACAGUAGUAUGCUAUUAGCCACUCUAUAAUUUACUGCAGUGAAGUUAAAAAUAGAGGUUUUGGAAAUAGAGGGGUAUUCUUAAAGGACACUGGCAAGUGAUCUGUCAUCACCAUGAACAUUCAGGACGCACACCCAUCAGCUCUUGAAAUACAAGGGUGAAAGGUAAUAACUAAUGCUUCAGAUCGUGUAUUUGUUUGAGGCUGAAUAUAACUUGUCAACAUCUGAACAUUUUCUUUAGACAUCUACACUAAAAUCUGCACAGAUAUGAGAAGAAUUGUCAUGGUGCAGACAACAGUUUGACCUUGUACUGCACUACUUAAUGAAGGAACUGUCCAUUAUUCCUCCAUCCCCUUGUCAUUUUGCGUGUAAAUGUUGCUUUCCCCCUACUGUUAACAUGUACAUAUGUGAACUGGACCUGUGAUGAUAGCAAUGGUGACUCUAGUGGUACUAUCAUUUACCUGGCCAUCCCUUUGUACAAAUGUCUGUCUGUAUGUAUGUAUGUAUAAAAGAAUGAACAAAAUAUCAAUGCAUCCUUUAUAAAACUACUCUUUUGUAUAAUAUAUAUUUCUUUUGUAUUAUAUUUGUUUUUACAUAAAAACAAUUAUAAUGACUUAUUUAUUUCUUAACAACAAACCAUAAAGUGUUGUUGUUUUUUUUUUUUUUGUUCUGUUCGUAGCAUUCACAAAGCUAUGACACGUUUAUGUUUCAACCUUAUAAGUGUUUUUUUUUUUUUUAGUUUAAUUUCUUGACACGACAUUUUGAAGAGCAAUACUGUUUAUGCACCCCGUUCCUCAUCUUUAGCUUGAUGUGUGUGUAUGUGUGUGAGUGUGUAGAUGGCCUUGUCUACUAAUGUAAAAUGAUUUGUAGUGGAAACAUUUAUAUUUUUAUAAUAAAUAUUCUCAAAAUAUUUUCUAAAGAAUGAAUGUUAAGAAGAUUGUGUCACACUCUGGUGUUUGUUUGUGCAUGCACACUUUCUCAGA